AUGAGCACGCCGGAUGAUCCGGUAAUUCAUUCGCCACCAUCUCUCGGAAUUCUUUCAUUGAUCGUUCCAGCCGCGUGCGCCUCUCCUGAUGUUGGAGGCAUCGAUCCAAAUAGUGACGGAGAGGCACGACGACGACAGAAGACUUGUAGAGUUUGUGGCGAUCAUGCCACCGGCUACAAUUUCAACGUUAUUACAUGCGAAUCUUGUAAGGCGUUCUUCCGUCGUAAUGCUCUUCGGCCAAAGGAAUUCAAAUGUCCGUAUUCUGAAGACUGUGAAAUCAACGCCGUCAGUCGACGCUUUUGUCAGAAAUGUCGAUUGCGAAAAUGUUUUGCUGUGGGAAUGAAAAAGGAAUGGAUAUUGAAUGAGGAGCAGUUGCGACGAAGGAAAAACUCACGCCUGAAUAAUAUGGCUAAUCAACAGAGACAGAAGCAGGUACACUAUUACCAGUAUGGUUGUUACACUUUAAUGAGUCCUGCUGGCCCGGGCACUUCCGACUCACCUCCAUCGCGUCCACUUGGUCUAAUGACUUCCAACCAGGGAAGUCCAGAUGCCGUAAGUUAUCGGUAUUUUUUUAUUCAAGAAGCAUUUAAAGGAAUGAACGAUCCUAUGGAGCAGGGACGACAGAAGGCAUCGUUUCUCAAGAAUGAGAAAUCACCUGCUGACAUUAUGAACAUCAUGGAUGUGACAAUGCGUCGAUUUGUGAAAAUGGCAAAGAAACUACCAGCUUUUAAUGAUCUCAGCCAAGACGGCAAAUUCGCUCUCCUUAAGGGUGGAAUGAUCGAAAUGCUUACAGUUCGUGGUGUGCGCCGUUUCGACAUCAAUUCAGGUGUAUGGACGACGCCGACGCUGAAGGAGAGUUGUGAGGUGUCCAUCAAUAUGUUCGACCAACUGAAUGCUGAUUUGAGGAACGAACAAAAGAUGCGUUUUCUGCAAUUUUUCAAGAUCUUUCACGAAGAUAUUCGAAGCAACGAUCUAGUUAUCUCCAUGAUCAUGUUGAUUGUGCUGUUUUCUCCCAGAGAUUGUAUUACGGAUCCUCAGGACCGCCGUAUAAUCGCUAGACAUCACGAGCAGUUUUGUGCGCUUCUCAAUAGAUAUCUCGAGUCACUCUAUGGUGAUGAUGCUCAUAAGCUUAACGAGCAACUUCCGACAGCGCUUCGAAUGUUACGUGAGAUAUCUGCGUCAUGCGGUUUACUAUUCUUGGGCACGGUGAAUACAAGCGAGGCAGAACCACUACCUCGUGAGUUCUUCAAAGUAGAGUAA